CUCCAUUGUAUAGUCCAAAUCAACACCAAAUCUCUUUUACACAAAAUCUGAAGCCCGAAAAAAAAAAAAAAAUCCCUUCAGAAAUUGCGUGCCCGCAAUCCUAUCUCGAGAGACACUAUAAAUAAAUGUGUCUGCAUGCAUGAUCCUCUUUAGUAGUUCCGUCAAGAACAACACAGCCGAAUGACAUUUGACACAUUUUAGUAAUUUACAAACAGUGCCCACAAAAUACCAAAAACUUUUGUUCCAGACAAAUUUACAUCACAACCAAAUUUUUUGAAAGUCCUCCUAAAAAGUAAAAAGCUUUUUCUUUCUUUCUUCUGGGGUCCAAAAUCCCAUUCUUCCAUACCGUACCAAAACAACAAAGCAUAUGGAUAAUCAUCAUCAUCAAAACCCAUCUGAAGUUUUGCUGACGACCCAUCCUCACGUACUCUUUUUCCCUUUACCCCUUCAGGGACCCGUCAAUUGCCUUCUCAAACUCGCCGAGAUUUUCUGCCUCCACCGUAUUCAGGUCACUUUCCUCAACACCGACUAUAUCCACCGCCGCCUUCUCCGUUACUCCGACAUUUCCACCCGGUUUAACCGUUACGGCGAACUUUUCAGAUUCCGUACCGUCUCCGAUGGGUUGCGGGAGGACAGCCUGAGGACUAGUGAACAGAUUGGGGAGUUGUUGGAAUCCAUGGAAUCUUCCAGUUUGCCCGUAUUCAGGGAGAUGGUUCGGUCUAGUGUGUUCCGACUCGGUGGCGGCGGAGCCGGUGGCGCCGCCUAUGAUGAUGAUCGUGAUGGAAACCCGAUAAGUUGUAUCAUAGCGGACGGGGCUUUCGGGUUUGCGGCGGAUGUUGCCGGAGAAUUUGGAGUUUCAAUCUUUUACUUUGAUACCAUUAGUCCUUGUGCUCAGUGGGCGAUCCUUAAUGCUCGCAGGCUCAAAGAAGGAGGAGAUUAUCCCUUCAAAGAUGAUGGCAUGGAUGCACCGGUGACCAGUCUUCCGGGGAUGGAAGGUUUCCUGAGGCGCCGAGAUCUUCCAAGCUUUUUCCGAAACAGCGACCAAAGUGACCCCAUCAUCCAACGCCUCAUGUCGGUGGAGAGUCCCAUGCGACGGGCCCAUGGUCUCAUCUUCAACUCCUUUGUCGAUCUCGAAGGCCCAACACUUUCCCAAUUGCAGACUUUGACCCCCAAAGUCUACGCCAUUGGCCCACUCCACACGCACCACAAGACCCGACUUUCUUCUGAUCAUCAUCAAAACCAAGAAUCAAUCGGGAACUCCACAAACAGCCUCUGGAAAGAGAACAAGGACUGCAUUUCGUGGCUUGACAAGCAACCGGCCAAGUCGGUAAUCUAUGUCAGCAUCGGGAGUCUUGCUGUCAUGGGGAACGAGCAGUUCAUGGAAAUAUGGCACGGGAUUGUGAACAGCGGGGUUCGUUUCUUGUGGGUCCGGAGACCCGGAUCCGUCGCCGGUUUGGGGCAAGAGAAUGGUGAAAGUAGUGAAAUUCAUCGAGAUUUGGAGCUGGCUACGAAAGAGAGAGGCUACAUUGUGAGUUGGGCUCCUCAGGAAGAGGUUUUGGCCCACCCCGCGGUUGGCGGGUUUUUUACUCACAGUGGUUGGAACUCGACAUUGGAAAGUAUAGUGGAAGGAGUGCCUAUGAUUUGUUGGCCUUACUACGCUGAUCAACAGAUGAAUAGUAGAUAUGUUGGGGAAGUUUGGAAGGUUGGAUUGGACAUGAAAGAUACUUGUGAUAGAGGCAUCGUUGAGAUGAUGAUUAGGGAAAUCAUGGAGGACGGCAAGAAUGAAAUAUUGGGGAGAGUGGAGGAUAUGGCAAAGUUAGCAAAAGCUUGUGUAAACAAAGGUGGAUCUUCUUACCAUGAUUUGAAUCGUCUUGUGGAGGAUAUCAAAUCAACGACCCCGCGACGACAUAACAGAUGUCUUUGAACUCGGCGAGACAUCUCAUGUAUUGUUACAAAUAUAUCACCAAAAACAGAAUCAACUCAAAAAAAAAAGAAGGAAAAGGAUACAUUGGUGAAUGUCUUCCUCAAUUAAAGAAGGAAAAAGUUUGUUCAAUGCUUUGCAGUGUGUUAAGUCGUAGUACAUUUUAAUCACCUGUCACAGCAUUAUCAAUUAUUAUCACCUUAAAAGCUAUAUAGUAGGCAACAAAAGCAUUACUCAUUAACUAGCUCAUGAGAGAGCAACCCAUCUUAGCCAAAUUUCUGGAACUCAAAUGGUGUUAGGAGGUCCAGUGCGAAACAUAUAUAUAUAUAUAGCGUUGUGUUAUGAAACCGAAUCUUAAAUUUGAAAGAUUUAAUACAAGGG